GAUUCAUUUGAACUAAUCUGCACGAGGCACAGUGUUGUGUAUGAGCGAAUUUAUUUUGUGGGGGGGGGGAGACUGCGUUUCCCUUCAACCGGUCCUGACGCGCCCUUUAAUUCAGCCACUUCCUCCGCCAUGUAGCCGCUGUCGGCGUAACACAACAGCGGGAUCCUGAGCCUCAACAUCCCCCCUCCCGGUUCCGCCUCUGCCCGCCGCGUCUCCAGCGAGUCUCUGUCCCCUGCCAUGCCCCGGGUCACCUCUCUUCUGCCUGCCCUGCUAAUCGUCCUCCUGCCGGGCCCGGGUCGUGGAUAUUUCCCGGAGGAGCGCUGGAGCCCCGAGUCUCCGCUCCUCGCCCCCCGGGUCGUCCUCUCGGUGGUGUGCCGCAACUCGGCGCACUCCCUGCCGCUGUUCCUCGGAGCCAUCGAGCGCCUCGACUACCCGAAGGAGCGCAUUGCGCUGUGGGUGGCGACAGAUCACAACAUAGACAACACAACAGCCAUCCUGAGGGAAUGGCUUAUCAAGGUGCAGAAUGACUAUCACUAUGUGGAGUGGAGACCUCAGGAGGAACCCAGGGCCUAUGAAGACGAGCCGGGGCCCAAGCACUGGAGUAACCUCCGCUACGAACACGUAAUGAAGCUGCGUCAGGCCGCUCUGGAGACUGCCCGUGAGAUGUGGGCCGACUACCUGCUGGUGGCCGACUGCGACAACCUCCUCACGCGCAGCGACACGUUGUGGAAACUGAUGAGCGAAAACAAGACCAUUGUGGCGCCGAUGCUGGAGUCCAGAGCCGCCUACUCCAACUUCUGGUGCGGCAUGACUUCACAGGGUUACUACAAGCGCACAGCAGCCUACAUGCCCAUCCGUAAGCAGGAGCAACGCGGCUGUUUCGCCGUGCCGAUGGUCCACUCCACCUACCUGCUGGACCUACAGAAAGAGGCCUCCCGUCAGCUGGCUUUUUAUCCACCACACCCAGAGUACAGCUGGGCCCUGGAUGAUGUCAUCGUCUUUGCGUACUCUGCUCGGAUGGCGGAUGUGCAGAUGUAUGUGUGCAACAAAGAGACUUAUGGGUAUUUCCCGGUGCCAGUGCGUUCCCACGCCACCCUGCAGGAUGAGGUGGAGAGCUUCGUGCACACUCAGCUCGAGAUCAUGGUGAAAGACCCUCCGUUGGAGCCCUCCAGCUUCCUGUCUCCCCCCCCCAAGCAGCCCAACAGGAUGGGCUUUGAUGAGGUGUUCAUGAUAAAUCUGGAGCGGAGGUCCGACCGUCGCGAGCGAAUGUUGAGCAGCUUGUACGAGCAAGAGAUCAGCUGUAAAGUCGUAGCUGCUGUGGAUGGCAAAGCUCUGAACAAGACUGAUAUAGAGGCGAUGAGGAUUAAGAUGCUGCCGGGUUACAGAGACCCGUAUCAUAGUCGGCCCCUCACCAAAGGGGAACUGGGCUGUUUCCUCUCUCAUUACAACAUCUGGAAGGAGAUAGCAGAUCGUGGUCUGCAGACCUCCCUGGUCAUCGAGGAUGACCUCCGCUUCGAGGUGUUCUUCAAGCGACGUCUCCAGACGCUGCUGCAGGAGGUGACGAAGCACAAGCUGGACUGGGAUCUCAUUUACAUUGGGCGGAAGCGGAUGCAGGUGGACCACCAGGAGAAGCCGGUACCAGACAUCCACAAUAUCGUGGAGGCGGACUACUCCUACUGGACACUAGGCUACCUGCUGUCUCUACAAGGAGCCCAGAAGCUCCUCAGGGCAGAACCUCUCAGCAAGCUGCUUCCUGUGGAUGAGUUCCUCCCUGUCAUGUACAACAAACAUCCAGUUUCCGAGUACAUGGACCACUUUGAGGUCCGGGACCUGCGUGCCUUUUCGGCCGAGCCGCUCCUGGUGUAUCCGACCCAUUACACCGGAGACCAGGGCUACAUCAGUGACACGGAAACAUCGGUGGUCUGGGACAACGAGACCGUCAAAACGGACUGGGACCGGGCCAAGUCGAGGAAAACCCAAGAGCAGGGGGAGCUGAGCUUCGAGGCUCAGAACUCUGACGUGCUGCAGUCUGAGCUGGAGAACUGGAGCGCACGGGACGAGCUGUGAGGGAGACGAGACGAGAGGAGGUGAGCAGGAGAGAACUCUGGCACCGCGAGAUAAGGACGAGCCAGGUAGAACAAAGCUGUGAUGGUGGAGAAGAGGGAGAGAAUUCAACAGAGCAGCUUCCGUUUGAUUCAUUGCAUCCGACGCUCGUCCCUUCACCACAGCCCGGUCCAAUAAUAGUUCCAUGAUUUAAAGGAUAGUUUGCCCAGAUAUGCCCAGUUUUAAAACCAAACAUGCAGCUUGUUGCAUUUUGUUUGUUGAUUAGAUGAGAAAAACCAAAUAUGUUUUGUAACUUUCCAUAUUUAGAUGUCUCUGCCAGUCUUUUUUUAUUUGAUUUUUUUAAAUCAAAGAAUGAAUAAAGACUUUUAUCAUGA